AUGGAGACACACCUGAAGACAUCGAAGCGAGAGGAAGAAAAUGCAACAGAAAAGCGUGUAGGGCUUCAGCAGCAGAACUUAAGCAAACAGCCACAACCACCACAAGGGGAAGCUGUCCACACAGCAGCAGCACGCCUCUUAAAGCAGCGCCAGGACGAAAUUUUGGUGCUCCAGCAGCAACUGAAAGUGCAGCAGGCGGUUCGAGAGCGCCACAAGAAACAGCUGUUGCUGCAUCAGCAACGAAAGCAACAGCUUGAGGCUUACUGCUUGCUCCUUCAGGUUCCAUCGUGUCCUCUUGACUUGCUGCAGCAGGUACCGCAGUCUGCCACGCAAAGCCAGUGCCAGCUGCAAGUGCACGCCACUCUGGAGAAGCGGAAGUUAGUGCAAUCGCUGCAGCUGCAGCCGCCUCCGCAACACGAGCAUCAGCAGCAACAAGAGCAACUAGAACACCAACAACAACGCAGACAGAGCCGAACACACCUGCGCAAUCACAGGCGUCCCAAUGUCGAGAGAUUUUCGGGAAGCUCCCGUGUAUUACAGUCCGAGUCACUACUGCGGCUGCCUCCAACGUUACAGCAUAUGCAGAGAACUAGUAUGGGAAUGCAACAUCAGCACCCGCAGCAGCGAAACUUGCAAAAUCAGCAGGGAGAGCCAAGGAAUCUGCCACGGUGCGCCUCUGCCCGAUGCCAUUUAUGUGGGAGAUUGCCUCGCCGGCUGAUUUGUUCGCUCUGCUGCAGUACAGCUCUGCAGCAGCAGAUGUGGUGCUUGCAGUUCCUGCGGCAGCAGCAUCAGCAGCUGCAGGAACAGCUACAGCCCCUUUUGCAGCGCUGUUCAGACGGUUCCGAAGGCCGCGGUGAGGAGGAAACUGAGGUACAGAAGUAUGAGAUAAAGCUGCGACUCCUACUGCAACAGAAGCAAAUGCGUGUGCAGCAGCUACGUGAAAUGCGGAGGAUAAGGGAGGGACGGCUAGUUGAAGCGGAGAAUAUGCAAAGCCACCUGCUUUUUCUUCGUAGGCAGCAGCGCAACAGUCUGAUCAAACUGCUUUUGACGGCAGAUAAGUUGGAGAAGGGCUGCAGAACUACAACCAGCAGAAGCAGCAAGCAGCAGAAGCUUGCCAGGCGCCUCAGCGGGCACAGUAGGGCAAUUGAAUUAAUUGCAGAAGCAGCCGUAGCAGGUGCAGCACUAAACUGGUCGGAGGACAGUACGAUCAAAGAGCUAGUUGCAAUGGAAGUCGCGCUUCAGCACUUGAGACGCGAGCGAGUGUCACAGCUCCUGGAGCUUUUCAAUGCCUCCAGUCUGCUUUGCGAGUCACGCCGGGAGAUAGGGAGGGAAGAAGAAUGCGAAAAAGCACCAGACCCAACUGCUUAUGCUACUGCUCCCGAUGCUGAUGAGCCUUUGGCUAACAAUGAAAAUGCAGACUGGCUAGACUUCGAGCAGGCCUUCAUUAUGAAGAGCAAAGGCGUGUCCUCAGCCGAGAUCCCUGGGGCACUUUCUGGCAGUUUACAUGGUCAGCACUGGGCCCUGACGUGUUUCUCAAUGUUGCUUCAGCAGCUUGCAACACUCCUUAAUCUGCCACUACCACGGCAGCUGUAUCUACCGGGCUUGGAGCAGCAGCGGCUAAGGGAAGUGCUGCACAGUCACUUAAAUAGCCUACGAAGAAAGCAGCAGAGCCGAGCUUCGGUCCUCAAGCUGAUUGAGGCAGACCAGCGGCAGGAACAACAGCAGCAGAACCAAAUACCCCCACGAGGCUGCGCGGUACAGCAGCCCGUCAGUGGCAGCUUCUAUUUGGCUCCCCCAGUAAAAAUUGAUAGUAGUGUUGUGGCAGGGGCAACCCGGAUUCCAGUGCCGUCAAGGGCGGUGCAGGCUGCUCAGGAGCAAAUCGGCAGAGAUAAUACUAGCAGUGUUAGCACCAGCAGCUUCGGCAGCAGCAGUAACGGCAUGCUCAAAAGCCACGAAGCAGGAGGGAGAGGCAGCAGUAGUUCUUCUCUAAAGGAGUCUUGCCGAAUUGGGACUGGUUAUGUCAAUGACAUGAGCACUGAUAUCAGUAGCCUGCAGGCUAGCAAACCUGAAUUCGGAGGCAGCGUGCAAGCAGACGAGCGCUGUAUGCUGCAGCGCCAGCAUCAGCAAAGACAGCGGGAGCAGCUCGCUAAGCCAAACUGCAGUUCUGCCAGUGGAAUUGGGUUUCUCGACCGCGUGUACACGCUUGCAACAGGUGCUGCUGCUUACAGAAAAGGAAAGCUCAGCAGCAGCAGUUGCAGUAGCAGCAGCAGCGCUGCCAUCGGCAGCAGCAGCAGCAUGAACAAAAACGGCAGUAGCAGCAGCAGCAAUAGCAGCAGUAGCAGCAGCAACAUUAGCAACAACAUCAGCAGCAGCCGCAGCAGCGUCAACGGAGGGAACACCUCACGUUAUGACCCUGUGUCACGGCUGCUGCAGAAAGGGCAGUACCUCCUAAGCAGCAUCAUAUCUGACACCAUGGCUUCGGCUGUUUCUCCGCGUGCUUCUGCUCCUCCUCAAAUUUAUGCUGCUGUAUCACCUGCUGCUGCAGCACCUGCUGCUGCAGCAGCCUUCACUGAUACUGCCGUGUCAAAUGCUAGCAAGGCGUGUCUUCGGGCUAUUGAAGGCCGCCAGGAUAACAUCAAUGGCUGCAGCAUACAAAUGCCAGGACCAGAUCAAACGCCCCCACACCAGACGAAAACCUAUGAAGUCUCUGGUAGCGCUGCUUCUCGAAAGGAUGAGAGCGAGGAGUCAGACUGCGUGCUGCUCGAGCUCUCAGUGCGGCAACGGCAAGCGAGGAGAAGGCGACAGCUGCAGCAAGAGCAUCGGCUGAAACAGGAUAUCUUGCGGAGCUCUCUACCUUUGUUUUCAUGGAGUGCUCAGCAGAUGGCUGCAGCAGUUGCAUCUGCGACAACACUGGCAGCCUCCGCCCCAGUGUCAGGAUCAGCCAUGGCAGGCAGCUCAUACAGCUGCAGCAUCCAGUCCCGCUGCAGUGUAGCUCAUGUUCCGCAGCAGGUGCUCUCAGAGCAAUGCCAGGGCGAGAAUUGUUCCUUGCCGCUGCAGGAAAAGCAACAGCGCAAGGUCCACCCGCGGCAGAGAGAAUUGACGAGGCACUACAGUGUGAACUGCUGCAGGAAAAGGCCGUUGGGUGCUCUUUCCGGGGUUACAGUUCGUCGUAAUACUGCUGGCAUAGAGGAGAAUACAGAAGAGGCGGCACCGGGCGGUGUGCGCUGCAAAUUUGGCUCUCUAGCGUUGACUGCGUCUAGGCGAGAGCAGCAGCAACUGCUACGAAUGCACCGCCUUCAGCAAUUGCAUCAAUACAGAGAGAAACUAGUUCGCAGCGAGCAAGAAGCGGACACGCAGGAAGAGCAAGGGAUCCAACAGUUGCUGCGACUGCUCAACAACAACCAUCCAGCAUCGCCAGUGCUGCUUGAUGCAGCAGCAAGGAGAUGCAUAUUUUUUUCUUUGGGGGAUUUAACUGAAGUAGCUGAGGGUCUAAAGCCAAAUGUGUUCGCGUUUUGCACCUUUCAAGGAGUCGAGAUUUCUUCAGACCCUCCAGGCGGCCUCUUGGGGAUGAUGAUGGCGGCUUUAAACUCUCCAGAUUUCGGAAAGGUGUGGCCGUCCAACACGCCGCGUCUUUAUCCGCCAGAAGAGAGAUCGCCAGGAAAUGCUGAUUUGGAUUCCGACGACUGGCUGUUGGUGGAGCUUGAGGAAGACUUAUCUGAGUUUCGGGGGAUCCUGGAUGAGAACGAGUUAAUGGGAGGGCUUUUUCCCGAGGAGUGCCUCACGACGGGAACAAAAUCGAUUAAGCGCUUAGCAUGA